CUGUGAGAGUCAGUUAUAACCAUUUUCAGUUUGCAGACACUUGUCCGUUCGUACCCACGACAACAACUAUAAUAUCAGUGGUCAAUUUAAACAUUAUUGUUUGUAACGUAGAUAUCUGAAUAAUUGAGUUUAAAUAAUAUUUAUCCAAAGAGAAAAAAAAAUCACAAUAUGAAACUAACUGCAUCGAUAUCGUUAUGUUUAAUCGCUCUGUUUGGAUCGAGCGCUGGUCUAAAAUGCUACACCUGUGGAUGGUGGAACAAAAAUUGUGGUGAUCCAUUCUUGAAAGAUGAUAGUAUUUUAGUUGAAUGUAAUACUAGAGCGAUUAAUGAUUUCAACCAUGAACUAGGAAACACCCUAAAUACAGCCAGUAAUGCUCUACAAAAUUUCGCAAAUCAGGUCGGUUUCAACAUCAAUCAAAACAACAAUUUCAAUUUGCCCACCAUCAGUGAAGAUUCAGUUGGAUGCUCCAAAGUAGUGCUUACACAUGGAGAAGAUAUUGUACGAGUGGCUCGAGGAUGCGUUUAUCACAAAGCAGACUUGUGCAAGGGAAUGCAAAGACUCGACGACGAGCUGAAAACCCUCAAAUACUGUGGUUCUUGCGACGACGACGGAUGUAACGGUUCUAGGUCGUUGAAGUCUUCAGCAGCGGCGAUAAGUCUGACCACGAUGGUCACGUGUCUGUUCUACAGUCUACAUCAUUAAUAUCGGAAUAGAAACCCGAACGCAAUACUGUUUUCACAAAAGUUGAAAAGUGUACCUGAAACUAUGUUCUGUUAUUGUUCCAAACUGUUAGCUUAUUCAACCAAAUAAUAUUAUAUAUUGUAAUGCAUGCGUACGCGAGGAAAUGUUUUCUUUAAUUUUUACGCGUCGCAUUAUUGUUUUAAAGAAUAUGUUUACAUAUAUUAUUGAAACGUAACACAUAUAAUUAUUGAGUGUUUUGGUUUUCUACAUAACCUGUGGGUAAAUUAUUUAUAUUGGUACAGGAUUUCAUUGUUUCUCAAUUGUUUCUACACUCAAUAUGAAAUAAUAUUAUAUUGUAUUAAAAAUAGUUACAUAAGUAUAACUGUAUAAGUAGUAAUGUAGUAUACGUUAUACUGUAUAACACUGUAUACCUACUUGUCGAAUUCGCUAAUGUGUGUAAGCGGUUACCGACGAAAUUACGAUUAUAUAAAACUAUUACUGCACAAACUCAAUUGUUUAGUCCAUUUAUUAAUGUUAAUCAAAUAUAAAGUGAUAAGUAAGAAUAUUAAGUAUUAUGGUGAAUGUUAAUAUUUUGAAUUCAUAAGUCAUAACAGUUAUAUUUAACGAGGUUUCAUGUACAACUUUUUCAAAAAAUUAUCAAAUCCCCGAGAAAAGGUUCGGGGGUGUCUGAUCAUUAUUUAUACCCUUCCACAACGGUAGGACGAUUAUACAUUUUACUGAUCUUUGCUGAUUUUUAUGUACUUACCAAAAUUUAAAUUAUACCAGAACAAUUUUAUACCGGAAAAGAAUAUGUAAAAUCAACUGCUAUUACAUUUUUGGAUCUGUUCAAAUAAAAGUUAACUCCAUCGAAA